AUGAGCGUUGUUGCACCAAAUUUGGCGGCCCUGAUUGGCGAAGUGGUUGGGGCGCGGUUGAUUUCGCAUGCGGGCAGUUUGACCAACCUCUCCAAAUACCCGGCCUCAACCGUGCAGAUUCUUGGUGCGGAGAAGGCUCUUUUCAGAGCCUUAAAGACUAAGGGAAAUACCCCCAAGUACGGACUGCUAUACCAUUCGUCUUUCAUAGGCCGCGCCGGUCCCAAGAACAAGGGCAGAAUCUCCAGGUUCUUGGCCAACAAGUGUUCCAUCGCAUCAAGAAUUGAUAACUUCUCUGAAACCCCGUCCACCAAGUUUGGCAAUGCCCUUAAGCAACAAGUUGAGGAGAGAUUGGAAUUCUAUGCUACUGGAGCUGCCCCAACUAAGAAUGAAGUCGCAAUGAAAAAUGCUAUGGAUGCUGUCUUAGCGGACAUCGAUGUUGAUGAAGCUGGUAGUGACGUGGAAAUGAAGGACACUGAUGAAGUGACUGAAAAAAAGAGAAAAUGCCCCAUCCUACACACGUCACAUCCCACAUCCCACAUCCCACAUCCUCCACAGGUGGCUGUUCGCCAUGCAUUUACUCCUUAUGAACGGCACCGCCCUGAUCGCCAAAAGUUCACAAUACUACGACAUCUUACCCCCUGCUCCAUCACAAUAAUGACCGGAAAGCUGACACUCCACAAGUCACCAAAGCGCAAACGCGAUGGCAUAGACUACCAGCAAAGGACUUCUUCAUCGUCCCCUACUUCUUCCCAUACGUCCAUCAGUGUAAAGGAUGGUGGUCAUCUUUCCGAUGAAUAUAGUCCCGCUGUUGGGGGAAAUAGCCCCCAAAUCUCCGUAGUGGGAGAGCUGGGAGAACUUGACCUCCACGGAACUUCGAGUCAUAGAUUUGUUGAAAGCACGGACAAUGGUGCUGCAGAUUACAAGCAGACGAUCAAUAAAGGGGAUGAAGUACCUUCUGAACAAGGUCUAAUGAACAUCGAUGCGUCACCGACAGUAACCUCGAUUACUACAAAGGAUACAGAGAAGAUGACCCGCGCAUUGCUAGGGGAUGGAGGCUUGCGAACUAUGAGCCCAGUUCCGGUGCCACAGCAAAAAUCCAAACCCAACCCACAACAAAAGCGCAUGUCCCGUCGAAAAUCUCCUCCUCUUUCAAGCAACGAGGAUAAGAAUCCGCUGACAUGGCAUGAGUCAGAAAUAACAGGAUAUGCGCCGACAGAUCCGAAUGAUGAUGGGUACGGAAUCAACGGAAUUGGUUUCAAGCCCACGGCUGCGGUCGCAUGGGAUAGAUCGCAGAGAAGACAAAAGCAAGUAGCAGAGUGGAAGAGCCGUGAAGCGAAGGAGGCGAGGGAGAGGCGGAAGUCACGCCGUGAUGGGAUUCCCCUAAACGAACAUGCGGAAAACACAGGACAUAACUACAAGAAAGUCAAAUUUGACAUAACUACGGAGGAUUGA